AUGUUCAACAAAUUUAAACUGAGAAAGGCUCCUCUUUCCUUGAGCUCUGUUUCGAAUGCCUUCAAGACUUCGGGCAUACAGGGUCUAACUCCAGAUGACAUAAGCCCAAAACAUUUGGGAAUUGUGAUGACUGCACAACUUGGGUUGCCAAAUAAUUCUAUAGUUGCAAUAGCUUAUGACCCUGUUCAAUCGCUUCUCGCGGUAUCUACACUGCUGAACGAUGUAAGAGUUUAUGGUCAGGAUAGGGUUGAAGUAGUUUUUGAAUUUCGUUCUACAAAUCCAAUGACUUUGCUUAAGUUUGUGAAAGGUGUUUACUUAGUUGCUGCAUCACCAUCAUCAGGACUUACUGUGUUAUCAUUACAUUCUAAAAAAAUCCUUGGAACAUACCUGCCCUCUGGUAGUAUCUCUACCAUGGAAUCUGAUCCAUCUUUGGAUUGGCUCAUGUUAGGUUUAAGUAAUGGGUCUAUCAUUUUCUAUGACGUCGAUAGAUUGUCAACUACACCAUUAAGGAUCGAUAAUUUACAGAAAAAGAUAAUGCCUAAGCAAAAAUUGUCCGCAGUUUUAUCAAUUGAGUGGCAUCCGAGGGAUAUUGGAACAAUUCUUGUGACCUACAGUCAUUCAGCUAUUCUUUAUUCUAUAGCUGAUGGUGAUAUUGUGAAUUCGUUUGUUUACAAAAUCUGCAGAGGUGCAAGAGGAUUUGACUAUUCAUAUUCGAUCACGAAUAAUGGUAAGAAGAAAAUUUUUGGUUCGGCAAAGGAAACUGUUCCGUCUGUAAUUGAGUCACAUUUCCAUCCGAAUGGCUUGCAUGUUGUGACAGUACAUGGAGACAAUACUUUAGCGUUUUGGGAUGCUCAGUCAGGAACCCUACUUGAAGCGAGAACUUUGGAUUAUAUAAAUAUGCAAAAGGAAGGUGAGCCUAUUGCACCACCUAAUUCAUUUUCUCCUAUUCUGAAUGUUCGGUGGAUUUGUGGUGAAGAUCCUGAGUUAACACAGUUGGCUGUUAGUGGGGGUAAUUCCGACCAAAACGUUAUAACAAUAAUAGAUUUUGGGAUCACCUUGAAGUACAGUUUAGCUUCCUAUGAGAAACAAAGUGAUUUUUAUGCCAGGCCCCAAAUGGGUCAAAGAAAAAUAGAGAUAGCGUUCAACCUUAAAAGUGAUUCCUCAGAGAGUGAAUAUAUAACCCAUAUACUCCCUUUGACCACCAAUUGUUUACCCUACUUCAACGGAAAUCAUAACCCUCAAUACUUGAUGUUUCUAUCGAACUUGGGGUCUCUUUAUAUGAAAAAAUUUAAUAUGUAUGCCGAAGAUGGCUUCUCAUCUGAUCUUGAAGAUUUAGUUUUGCCUCCUUCUGUUGCAAUGAUUCUACCGCCUGUCACAAAAAUGUAUGUUGUGACGGUCCCUAGAAUUCAGUGGUUCGGAGUUUUAUCUAAUCGAGUCUCCACGAACGCCGGAGCUACAAAAGUUUUGUUGAAAGGUGGUGCCCCAGUUUCUUCGUCGCAUUUGCCCAAGGCUAUGGGAUAUGAUGAAGGAUUCCGUAAUAUUUUAGUAUCUGGUCACAAUGAUGGAGUAGUAAGAUUAGUUGACGUAUCAAGAAGUGAUCACCAGGAUCCUUGCAAUACGGUGCAGAUUUCACUAAAAGAUUGUUUAUAUGAAGAAAGCCCUCAGUCUAUAUCAGUGGUAGAUGUUUCCUGUUCAUUGGAAUCAGCGGAAUUAAUCGUUGGAUUGGCCAAUGGUUCGGUAGCAAUCUGUAAAUAUGGAAGAAGUCCAACUUCUUCGAAACAAGGUUCUUUUAAGGACAUUGACUACCGAUCUUGUCUCGUUGAACAUAAAAACGGCGAUUUCUCGAUCCUCAGUCUAAAGGGCCGUGUUAAAGGGUCCCUUACAUCUGCCUCCAGCUUUGUCCCAGUUUCGAUAUUGAACCCUUCAGCAUUUGAAUCAAUUUCAUGUCUUAAAAUGAGUAACGUCGGAUUUGCGGCAGUUGGAUACUCAAGUGGAAGAAUAAUAGUAUGUGAUGUCUCUAGGGGCCCUGCUAUAAUAAUGAAUGCAUCUUUGAGAGAAUUUGCUCCUUCAGUAGAUGCCAAUUGUUAUGUAACCUCCAUGGAAUUCGCAAUAAUGGAGUACGGACAAGAUGGUUUCUCAUCAAUUUUAUUACUAGUUGGCACGAAUUGUGGAGGCAAUCUUCUCAUAUUUAGAAUUGUUCCUAAAGGAAACGGGGCAUUCGAAGUCGUAUUUGCUGAUAAGACACUUGGCUUAAAUUAUAAGUCUAGAGUAUCAGGUCAAGAUGAUGAAUCAGAAAUACGCCAACUCGUUCCAAUAAAUUCAAAGAAUGGUGAAUCUGCCGUUGCAUCACUAGAUAUGUUCCACAAGCUAAGUCAAGGGGUCUUAAUUCCAGGUUUCGUAGUAGUUGCUUCUGAUAAAGAUGUUCGUAUCAUAAAAAUACCUAAAAUGAAGCUAUCCCACAAGGUGAUUGAAGAUACGUGCUUGAGUUGUGGUAUUUUCAGGCUACAUGGUAAAGGAAUCGUUCUUGCCACAUUAGUGAAAUCCGGAUUCGUGAAACUUUCCAGCAUCCCUGGAUUGCAUGAUGUUGCUGAUGUAAAAAUGCCUCUGAGCGUUUAUGAUAAAUGCAAGAAUCGAUUAGACGCUGAGUCCGCGUUCAGUUCCAGUGUACAAUCAACGGGUGACGCUUUCAUUGCAACCAGUGAGACUGAAUUAAUAAACAUAAGUGUAUGUGUAAAAUCUGGAAAGAUUAACGAUGAUCUACCUACGGAUUUACUAUUUAAUGAAAAUGCAAUUAUUCCUGCGAGACCAGCUGCGAGUGCAUUACUGUGGGCAAAAGGACAAACUAAAUACAUCAGCUCUCAGGAUUUAGCGCAAUUAAUAGCUGGUCCGAAUAGAAGAACCUCAAAGAAUGUUGAGAGCCAAUUGGCUCACAACAUUAGCCCUGAAGCUAACCCCUCUCUGGGAUAUGGAGGCUAUGCGCCAGCUUCAGAGGAAAAUGAUCGUGGUUAUAAGCCACCCGUGAGGAAAGCAGGCAAGGGUGGUAGAGUGUUUGGCUCUUCUGGGUUUAUGAAAGGAUUACAAGACGGUAUAGAUUCCGUAGAGGAGUCCUUCAAUGGCUACGCUGGAAAUGUUAGUGAAAGUGUGAGUAAUACGAUGGAAUCUCACAAAAAACAAUUCUAUAACGAAGCUCUUAAGAGUAAAUUUGGUUUAUAG